AUGACCACCACUACUGCCGAUCGAUCGGGUGACAAGCGCAAGAUCUCUAAUGUGGACGACCCCUGGGAAGAAGAACUAUCCAUUCCAGUAAAAGCAACUCCACCCAACCCGUUUGCUCGAGCCGCCUCUGUCCUUGAAGAUCAAAAUGAAAAGCUACAGCAGACGUGUCAUGCAUUGGAGGAAAAACUAGCCACGCUCAAGGAAUCAUUGGUCGACAUUGAAAAACGCCUCUGUGAUGAAAGCCGCCACGUGGAUGAGCAAAGCAUCUUUUAUGAUCAAUCACUUUCGACCACUGCAGCAAUGGCACGGUCUUUGAUUCAUCCUUCAUCCGAUGAAAAUGAUGCUGUGCUAUCUUCCUUGCAUGAAUUUCUUGAAUUGGAUGAUCGCAUAGCAACAAAGAUGGACCUAUCGCUCAAGGACUUGCGUAGUCAAUUAUCGAUUCUCAACUCACCAAGCGAGGAUGGUUCGGCUCAAGAGAGGAUGAACGAUAUUGAACACCAAGUCGACAACUUCCAACGAAUCGAGCUCGAGUAUGCCAAAGCACAAGCUGCAUGUGAUGCACAUCAGACUCGAAUUGCCAGCUUGGAAAAUGAUUUCAAAAAGCUCAAUCACCUACCUCAAAUCAUGGACAUAUUAAGGAACACUACAGCCGGGUACCAAGCCGAGGUGAAAUCCAAUGUCUACAACCAGAAGCAUCAGUUGCAAAAACGUAUCCAUCCAACACUUUCAAGACUCGCUGAUUUGACCAUUCGUGAACCUCUCCUAUUGGAACAAAACGAAGCUCAUAAAAGGCAAUUGUAUGAUUACUGGGAUGGCCUGGAAGCUAUCGCAACACACCUUUUACGACAACAAGCAAUUCAGCACCUGGCAUACUAUGCUUGUGAAGCAGGAAAAGAAGAUUGGCACCUGAAACGCUGUACUGUACUCGCAUUGUUGGAGGAUCUCAAGGAGUGCAAGGAAAAACAUCAAGAGCAAAUGAAAAAAUGUCAAGGGAAUAAAAACGAUCAGCAGCACUAUUCCGAUCAUGCGGAUGACGAGGAGCUAUUGCAUCAAAUCGAACUCUUGUUAAGACGACCUUACCUUGAUCAACCAUCCACAUCAUCCAGGCGGCGAUCCUUUCACGAAGAGUCCAUCCUGAACAAAGUCAGCACCUUAUUGCAAUUUGAAAAGAAGUGGAAAAACCAAUGGGCCGACACGAUUGGUGCAAGUCUCGAUGCGGCGAAGCUAUUGGAUGACUGCAAGGAGAAUAUGUGGGACGCAUUGUGCUAUGAUAAUUCGGAUUCACGAGACCGGCCCUCUUGGAUACCAGCCGAGCACACACUCUUGCAAAGCGAAUUGGAGCUACGUAAUCAAGAUGCUGUGGACGCAAUAGACAAUCUCGAACAUAAACACAAGGCGGGUGAUGAUGAAUUCGAGCUCAAGAAGCGAUUGCUCAACAUGAUGCUCACAGACCCAGACCGAUUUGGAGAAGCAAUGAUGAUGGAACUAGAAACCGAAGACCAAUCACCUGAAAUUUGA